AGUCAGCUGGCGGGCGGGGCUUGACGUUUCUGAGUGUCGGUGUGUUUUUCAGCGGAGAAGAAGAGAAGAAGAAGUUUAAAUAUCCUCCAGUUUGUUUUAUUUUGCCUGCUGGAAAAAACACAACAGAAGAAGAAGAAGAAGAAGAAGAAAGUUUGUGGAGAUUAAAACUAAAAGAAGCUUCAAAGUUUGUUUCUGCGGGAUUUUGUUUUUUUACUCCAGAAAAUGUAACUUCUACUGCCGAGAGAGACAGACAGGAGGACAGACAGACAGAGAGACAGACAGACAGACAGAGAGACAGACAGGAGGACAGACAGAGAGACAGAGAGACAGGAGGACAGACAGACUGAGAGAGAUCUGUGGUUGAUCUUAAACUGGCAGCGAGACAUCUGUCUGUCUGCCUGUCUGUCUGCCUGUCUGUCUGUGUGUCACGGAGGAUGGCACCGGGGUGUGUCGCCGCCCUCAGCCGGACCCGCGGCUCCUCCGGCGGGCACACAUUGCUCUGACAGCCCGCUGCUGCUGCUGAGGACGGAACCAGAACCACAACUGGACCUGGAUCCGUAAACCCGGAUUAAAACAGUGGAUUCCGACCGAAGUGGACUGAAGUGGAUCAGCCGGCUUUAGGAUGUCCUCAGAGCUGGCUGUAGGUGUGGUUUUCAGGGUUUUGCUGCCCCUCAGUUUGACUGCAGCUUGUGUGUUGCGGUAUAAUGGAUUCUCUCUGGUCUACGUACUCCUGCUGCUGCUGCUGCCGCUGCUGCCUGAACCCUCCACCUCCUCCACCUCAGGUAACACAUGUCGCUGUGUGAUGGUGGUGUGUGUCUCCAGUUUCCUCUUCCUGUUACUGCAGUCCUUCUUCCAGCUGACCACUGCAACACUGCAGCCCGAGUACAACUGUACGUCGUGGCAGAAAGCUCUCGGUCAGCUCGGCCUGGUGAGUCUGACAGGAAGUGAUGUGGGCUCGGCAGUGAGACAGGUGUUUCCAGAUGUUGGUGUGCUAGUCGUCGGUCUGCUGACCUGGAGGCUGAUCGUAAGACUGAACGCCGACACACACACGCAGCCUCAGCAGGAGGAGGAGCAGCAGGAGGACCUCACAUUUGAGGAGGACUCUGUGCUUGGAGAGGAGGAAGAAGAGGAGGAGGAAGGCAGCAGAAACAGGGUUCUGGUUGAACUGGAGUUACUGGUUUGUAAAAUCAGGCAGAUGGUGGGAAACAUGACGACAACUGGAGGAAAAGUCCUGCUGACGGCUCUACUGGGACUCACAGGUAUCAUCUUCCCCUCUCUCUCCUCCCUCCUCUACCUCCUCUGUUUUCAGGUGUUGUGUACCUGGUGGGCGUGGUCAGGUAAGGUCCCGCCCCUCCUCUUCAGGUGUGUGUCUGUGAUGUCACUGCUCUACUCCUCCUGCCACUUCCUGGUCCUCUACUGCUACCAGCUGCCCUCACUGCAGGAGGCGUGGCUUCCCAACCGCACCUCCGCCAGUGUGUUUGGUCUGGUCUCGGUGGUCUCGGUGGACUGUGCUGCUCCCUGGAGGCUACAGGUGAACUCUGAGCUCAGCUGGUUUCACUUCAGCAGUCCUCUGAUGCUGCUGUUACUCUACAACACUGUGGCCAGUCUGUGGAGAAACCAGCUGAUCAACGGUGAUGGGGGGCAGGGCGUAGUUACUGUGGAGUCAGCAGUCAGCGGGAGCUGUGACAUCAUCACUGCCACCAGCAACCUGAGUGAUGAGGUCAGCGGUGACAUCACAGCGGAGAGGCGGAGAGAGCUGUGGAGGAGAGCUCAUGAUCGUCCUGAGUGUAGAAACGCGCUGGUGUCAUCUGAUAAUGACAGUCCCUCUGACUCGUUUGCCCCGCCCACCCAGAGUACAGCCCUGGGAUUGGAUGUUUACUCUACACCUCACUACUCUCUCAGCCAAUCAGAUACGUUGGAGACGUGUGUUUUUGAAGGAGACAGAUGGGAGGAUGAUGAUGAAGAUGAGGUGAGGAGGAGAGAGGAGGGAGUCAGCGCUGCCUCCAUGGCAUUCAGCUUCCUCCUCAAACAGAGUUACAUCUGUGCUCUGAUCGCCAUGAUGGCCUGGUCCAUCACAUACGUUUCCUGGCUGACAUGUGUCCUGCUGUUGUGGUCGUGUGUCCUCUGGAUGAUGCGAGAGCGUCGCCGGUACACGCUGAUGUCAUCGCCCUGGCUGGUUGCCUAUGGCAACCUGCUGGUCAUCCUGCAGUACGUCUACAGCUUCCCCUCCAUCCAGGAAGUCCCCGGACUGUUUCCAAGAAAAGAUGAUCCCUGCAGGGAGCUUGCUUCAAAGUUAUUGUGUCUGUUGAGCUUCUGGCUGCUGCUGCGUCAGGCACUGACUGAGAAGAGAGACAGACAGAAAGACAGAGAGACAGACACACAACUGUCUAUCAUCACCGUCUACAUGGAAGAGGAGCCAGAGGAGCCAGAGGAGCCAGAGGAGCAGAGGGCAGAUGAGGAUCUGCAGAAGAUGAAGGAGGAGGUGUCGUACGAGGAGGUGCUGCUCCUGCAGAGAGAAGGAGGGGUUAAGAUGGAGGCUCUGGUUGCCGUGGUUACCAGGAUGUUUGUUAAAUACUGGAUCUACGUCUGUGGAACGAUGUUCUUCUUUGUUAGUUUUGAGGGGAAAAUUGUCCUCUACAAAGUCAUCUACAUGGUUAUGUUCCUCUGCUGCGUCGCCCUCUACCAGUUGAACUACGAGCGUUGGCGUGCCUUGCUCAGGGGUUUCUGGGUAGCCGUGGUGGUUUACUCCAUGCUGGUUCUCAUACUGGUUUACACCUUCCAGUUCCCCUCAUCCUCCCACACCUGGAGCUACUACACUGGACUCAGCACUCACAGGUUGGAGGAUGUUGGUUUGGAGAAGUUCUCAGUUCCUGUUCUCUUCACUAAGAUCUUCAUCCCUGCUGCGUUUCUAUUGGUGUGUAUUGUGCAGCUGCAUUACUUCCACGAGCCGUUCCUGCAGCUGACUGACCUGAAGACUGUGGUGGACACACACAACAGCACCAUCACCAGGUUGGUCCACUCUGAUGGCAGUCUGUUCGACCUGUCGGUGGGUGGAGCUCCUCAGCUCCUCCUGGAGGAGGAGAAGUCAGGAGGACAGAGGGAGAGAGAGGAGGAGCCAGAGGAGAAGUGGAUAAAUGAGGAGGAAAAGGAGGAUGAGGAGUACCCCUGUAUGUUUGACAAGGAAACCCUGUCUGACAACUUAACAGUGCUGGUCUCCUGGAGGUUGGUGGUGGAUCGUCUCUCUGUUUUGUUCCUGCGCCUCCUCCUGUCCAUGCAGCGCCUGCAGCACCUCCUCUGGUGGCUCCUGGAACUACACAUUGUCAAGAUCGUCUCCUCCUACAUCAUCUGGGUCUCUGUGAAGGAGGUGUGUGUAUUUAACCUGCUGUUCGUGCUGUAUGUGGGAGUGGCUCUGCCCUGCAGGGCGUGGCGCCCCCUGCUGUCAGGAGUCUGUACAGUUUGGAUCUGUGUGGUGACUGUCUGUAAGAUGUUGUACCAACUCAAUGUCGUCCAGCCAAUCAGAUACUCCUCCAACUGCACCAUGCCAGGUAACUUUAGCACCGACCUGUCUCGCUCUGUUUUAUACUCUGGUCCAGUUGACCCCGCCCAGUGGGUGGGGCUUCGGAAGACAGACGGAAAACUGCUCGACUACCUGAGGUAUAACCUGAUGAUGAUAGCACUGUUAGCCUUCGAGGUGACCAUUUACAGACACCAGGAGCUCUACCGCCUCCGCCAUAACAAAGUCCCACCACCCACCAGAACUCUGUUUCAUGACAUCACCAGGCGUCACCUGGACGACAGCGUACUGAGCUGUGUUAAGUACUUCCUCAACUAUUUCUUCUACAAGUUUGGACUGGAGACCUGCUUCCUGUUGGCCGUAAAUGUGAUUGGUCAGCGGAUGGAUCUGUUUGCUGUAGGUCACGCCUUCGGCCUCAUCACUGUCCUCUUACGGCGCAGCAGGAAGCGCAUUGCCUCAGUGUGGCCCAAGUACUGCUACUUCCUGUCGGGGCUGUUGUGUUUCCAGUACCUGCUGUGUAUCGGAUUCCCUCCUGCUGCCUGUAAAGAUUAUCCCUGGAGACCUCCGUCCUUCAACAUGGACUCCAAUGUGGUGAAGUGGCUCUACCUCCCUGAUCACCUGACACCCCCAAACCCCCUCUUUCUCCUCUAUGAUUUCUUACUCCUCCUCGGGGCCUCUCUGCAGCUGCAGGUGUUUGAGGAGGAGCUUCAGUCGUCAGUUCAGAUCCUUGCAGGAGACAACAGCGAGCUGGACGGAGAUGACGGACAGGUCUCUGAUUCAAUCAGACAACUUCGUCUCAACACUGUCCCUGACUUCAUGAUGUGCAGGUCUUACCUGGACAUGAUGAAGGUGAUCAUCUUCAGCUACAUGUUCUGGUUCGUCCUCACCAUCAUCUUCAUCACCGGGACGACCAGGAUCAGUAUCUUCUGUAUGGGUUACCUGGUGGCCUGUUUCUACUUCCUGUUGGUGGGCGGAGACCUGCUGCUGAAACCAGUCAAAUCCAUCCUGGUAUACUGGGACUGUCUGAUUGGCUACAACGUGUUCGUCAUUACCAUGAAGAAUAUUCUGUCGAUCCUGGCCUGUGGUUUCAUUAAGUCGUUGGUGUUGAAUCACUGUUGGCUGAUUCAGCUCUUCAGUCUUGCCUGCACCAUCAAAGGAUACACCAAACCGGAGCAGCAGAGCAGUAAACAGUGUGAGUUGCCGAGCGACGAGGCGGGGAUCAUCUGGGACGGCGUCUGUUUCUGUUUCCUGUUGCUGCAGAGGAGAGUCUUCAGGAGUCACUACUUCCUGUAUGUGGUCCUGGACCUGCAAAAUACACAACUACUGGCCUCCAGGGGGGCGGAGCUCUUUGAGGCAUCCACAGUGAAAGCUGUCAGAGCGAGACUGGAAGUGGAGAAGACGUCCAUGGACCUGCUGAAGAGACAGAUGGAGAGAAUUAAAUCUCGACAGCAGAAGUUCCGCAGAGGAAAAGAGAAAAUGUUGAGUUUGACCCAAGACAGCUUCCAUACUGACGGUCAAGAAAAAAAGGGGCAGCGACAGAAGGAGUGGUGGAGACCCUGGGUAAAUCACACCUCCAUGGUGAGGAGUGGUGACUACUACCUGUUUGAGACAGACAGUGAGGAGGAGGAAGAGGAGAAGGAGGAGGAAGAGGAGAAGGAGGAGGAGCUACCUGAGAAAUCAGCCUUCCAGUUUGUCUACCACGCCUGGAUAACAGAUUCCAGAACAGCAAUGAGAGCUCGCAAUAACCAAAAGAAACUCUGGAAGAAGAACUCCUUUGAGCGAAGGAGCAGGAAGGAGGAGAAGAGAGGACGUGAGGAGGACAAUGAGCAGAGAGUUGGAGUUAUAGAAGUUAGGGAGGAGACGGAGGAGGACGGAGAGGAGGAUAAAGAGGAGGGACCAGACACCGUGUCGCGUCGCUUCUCCAACACAUUGCGGUUCUGCUGGGUUCUGCUGUCAGCUCUGCUGGACUCUCUGACUGCCUGGAUCAGCGGUCUGUGUCAGGAACACAUCGACAUCUCCACCGUCCUCCGCAUAGAGCACUGCAUGCUAACGCACCAGGCCAAGCAGGGUAAUGUUCCCACCAGAGAGGCAAUCCACGUUUACUACCAAGAACAGAUGAUGAAAACCUCCAGAGAGUCAGGCCUGCACUACAGUAUCCAUGAGGCUGAGGGACAGACCUCAGCAGAGAGAAGAAGGGAGGAGGAAGAAGAAGAAGAGGGAGUGAGUCCUGAUAUAGAUGAAGAAGCAGCAGGAGGUCAAACAGCAGAGGAGAAACCAGAGACUAAACCAGGAGGAGAUUAUCCAGAUAAACCAGAACCAGGACCAAAACCAAUAUCAGGAGGAGAUAUACUUGAACCAGGACCAGAGCUAGUAUCAGGAGCAGAUGGUCCUGACGAACCAGAACCAAUAUCAAGAAGAGAUUUACCAGGUAAAACAAAACCAGAAACUGUUCCAAGAGGAGAUCGACCUGAAACAGAACCAGUAUCAGGAAUAGAUGGUCCAGGUGAACCAGUUUCAGCAGAGGAAACCUCAGGGGUAGCAGAGGCACCAUCCUUAGUAGUUAAACCACAGACAGUAACAGCAGAAGGUGAUCCAGCAGUGGAAGUUAAAAAUGAAGAUUACCCAGAAUGCCUGGUGGCUAAAACCAGCCAAAGGUCCCGACCCAAACUGUCCAGGAUGGAGAUAGUCCAGUCUUCGUCCUCUUUGUCCUCAGAGGAAGAAAGGAUCAGUUGGACUCACAGCAGUGAAGAAUCAAACCAGCAACUUCCUGUUGACAUGCACCCGACUCACACGAUGACCAGCGCCUCCUCCCCCACCUCCCCCUCCUCUGUCCUCCUCCCCCCAUCCUACAGCCUCGCUCUGGGCCUGGACCUGCAUGAGGAGGAGGUGGGGGGGGCAGGGGAACACAGGAGGAGGAGUGGGGAAGAGGGGUCAAGAUUCAGGAGGCAGUUGCUGGUUCAGACUCCAGGGGAAAGGAGUGACUUCCUGUCUGACUCGGCCUCUAUUUCCUGUCCGCUGGCGUCUCGCACUCAGGAGCUGACGGCCAGCGAGCUGCUGAGGAACAGGACUUUCUACAACGAGGAGCUGGAGGCAUCAGACCGUUUCUACAGCAACCAACACCAGCUGCUCCAGUUGUGCUACGCCCUCUACAACAUCCUGGCAGCCAGGUCGGAGACGGUGUGUUAUCUGGUCAUUGUGUUGAACCACAUGGUGUCUGCCAGCUGUCUGACGUUGGUACUUCCUGUUUUGGUGUUUCUCUGGGCGACGCUGUCCGUCCCUCGACCCAGUAAGACCUUCUGGAUGACGGCCAUUAUCUACACCGAGGUUACCAUCGUUAUCAAGUAUUUCUUCCAGUUCGGUUUCUUUCCGUUCAACCAGAAGCUGGAGGUGGACCGCUCCAAACCAUUCCACCCCCCGAACAUCCUGGGGGUGGAGAAGAAGGAAGGCUACGUCCUGUACGACCUGCUGCAGCUGCUCACUUUGUUCUACCACCGAGCCAUACUCAAGUGCCACGGACUGUGGGACCAGACUGUUACCACGGAGACCGACACUCUCGGCCAGGACAACUCCGCCCACGGUACCACCUCUAUCGAUCCGGCUGACCCCGCCAACACGCUGCGGAGACGAAGCAGGAGGCGGACGCGCUCCAGCUCCACCCAGUUGCGCUCUCCUGCAGGCAGCGUGAGUUCCAGAACUCAGCAGCCCAGCAGGUUCGAUCUGCUGCUGGAGAAACUCAGAGAACUUUCCAUCAGAGCCAAGAAGUACUCUGUUAACAGGUGUAUGUCUCUUUACCGUCCAGUCCUUCAGUUCUUCAGAGCUCUCGUCCAUCCAGAAUACAGUGCUGUCACUGAUGUUUACGUCCUCAUGUUUCUCGCCGACACAGUCGACUUCAUCAUCAUCGUCUUCGGCUUCUGGGCCUUCGGAAAACACUCUGCAGCUGCUGACAUCACUUCUUCCCUCUCAGAAGACCAAGUUCCUGAAGCUUUCCUGGUGAUGGUUCUUAUCCAGUUUGGUACCAUGGUGAUAGACAGGGCUCUGUAUUUGAGGAAGACAGUUUUGGGGAAAUUGGUCUUCCAGGUGAUUUUGGUCUUUGGGAUUCAUUUCUGGAUGUUCUUCAUCCUGCCGACGGUCACUGAGAGGCGUUUCAAUCAGAACCUAGUGGCUCAGCUCUGGUAUUUUGUCAAGUGUGUUUACUUCGGUCUAUCGGCCUAUCAGAUUCGAUCUGGUUACCCGACACGAGUUCUGGGUAACUUCCUGACGAAGAGCUACAACUACCUCAACCUCUUCUUGUUCCAGGGUUUCCGUCUGGUUCCCUUCCUGACGGAGCUGAGGGCGGUGAUGGAUUGGGUGUGGACAGACACCACUCUCUCGCUGUCCUCCUGGAUCUGUGUGGAGGAUGUUUAUGCCCACUGCUUCGUCUUAAAGUGCUGGAGGGAGUCCGAGAGGAGGUACCCUCAGCCUCGCGGCCAGAAGAAGAAGCGGGUGGUGAAGUAUGGGAUGGGCGGUCUGAUCGUUCUGCUGCUCAUCUGUAUUGUCUGGUUUCCGCUGCUCUUCAUGUCGCUCAUCAAAUCUGUAGCCGGAGUCGUCAACCGACCGCUUGACGUCUCUCUGACCAUCACACUGGGAGGCUUCCAGCCGAUCUUCACGAUGAGUGCGCAACAGAAUCAGCUCAAAGAUCUGACGGAGGAAGACUUCAGCUCCUUCACCAGCUCCUACAGCUACACACCUAGUGCCUUGCAGUUCCUGGAGGCGUAUGGUCGUGAGGACGUGACAGUGGCAGAGCUGCAGGGCAGCAGUAACUCUUUGUGGACCAUCAGUCCUCCCAGCAGGCAGUACCUGAGCCAGGUGCUCAACCUGGACCACUUCCCCCUGACUGUGUCCUGGACUGUUCAGAGGAACUUGAGUCUGGGGGCAAAGGCGGAGCUUGCGUCAGGUAAACAUGUGACCUACCUGGACGAUCAGACUCGCCUGGAGCUGAUCCAGCUUCUGAAUGGAACCAGGACACUUCCUGUGGUGAUACAGGAAGUGUUUCCAUGUUUCAUUCGAGCUCCCAGCGACUCCAAUGCCAAACCCAUCGAACAGCUUUACACAGACGACCGCUACAAGGACAUCCUGCUGGCCCUGGAGCGGUCAACCAAUCAGAGCAGAGAGAUCCAGGAGUGGUGGAUUGUUGACCAACCGGCUGCCAGCCUGGUGCCUGUUGGGGACAGAGCUUUGCUGAGUGACAGGAGGGAGGCAGGGCUUCAGCUGUUUGUGUUCAGUGAUAAAGUCAGUCCUCCAAGUCUGGGCUUCCUGGCUGGAUACGGCAUCAUGGGAUUGUACGCCUCGGUGGUGUUGGUGAUUGGGAAGUUUGUCAGGGAGUUCUUCAGUGGGAUCAGUCACUCCAUCAUGUUCGAGGAGCUGCCCUGUGUCGACCGCAUCCUCAAACUCUGCACUGACAUCUUCCUGGUGAGAGAGACAGGUGAGCUGGAGUUGGAGGAGGAGCUUUACGCCAAACUGAUCUUCCUGUAUCGAUCACCAGAGACUUUGAUCAAAUGGACCCGACACUGACCUCAUCGAUCAAUACAGUAUUGAUUAUAAACAUUAGUUUUUAUGUUCUGUAGUGACAUCAAAGACUGACAUCAUCAGCUGACAGCGUCGGUUUGUUUGUGGAGAACAGUCGUCUCUGACCAUGUGGUUCCUCCAACAUUCUUCGAAUGUUAUACAGAGAACCUCAGAGAACAUUGUCCGGAUUUUACUUUAAAGAACAAAGGAACCGUCAGUGAUGGUAGUUAAAGAACCGAGCUGGACCAAAAACAGGAACAUUUACUGAAUGUUAUUUUGAAGGUUUCAAGAAACAGGAAGCCUGGGAGAACGUUACCUGUUUGCUGGGUGAUCAAUAGGAGCAGCUGGGAGGCAGAGCUAACCUUCUGAUGAAAUCCAAACUGAUCUGAGGACAGUGUUACACAGCAGACAUUGUUAUAGGAAUAUUAUACAAGUAUUGAUUAUUGAUUAUCAAUAACUGCAGGAAUAUGCCACAUCCUGGAAUACCUGGAAUUCUUUAAUGCAGCUUUUCAGUCAUGUAAAAGUCCUGGAAAGGUUUCAUGUGUUUUAUAACUCUGAACGCUCCCUCAGACAGACAGGCAGUGAUGAUGAUUGGUGGGAUUUUUAAAGGACCAAUCAGUGAUUCAAAUGGAAACCAAAGUAAAGCCCCACCCACUACCAAAAGUCAAACCAUAUGAUUGGAUGCUGUUGCUGUCACUCCCACGUUGACUGAUAGGUUUUUAAAUACAGAGACUAAUAGAAGACAACAACUAAAUAUGAGUUAAUAAUGUCUGACAAACUCAUUUUCCAGGACAAGUACAAUGACUUCCUGUACGAGGACUCUAAACAGGAAGUGAUGUCAAACACUUCUGAGGUGUCAAUCAACAAUGAAAGUCCCUGCACAGCUGUUUUCACUGAUUUGUAUUUAUUUUACUUCAAUGUUUACAGGACAUGCCUCAGUAUUUCUGUUAGCACUGAUAGCUUUAUGUUCGCUUAAAUUAGCUCUGCAUUAGCUUCAUGUUAUUUGUAUUUGGCUCAAUGUUAGCUCUACUUCAGCUUUAUGCUAGCACUACAUUAGUUGUACAUCAACUCUAUGUUACCUUUAUCAGGGUGUUUGCACCGCAAGAACUUUACCAGGGGACCAAUAACCUGUUGAUAGGGGUGAGUGGAUCGAUACCUUAAACAUUGCUAAACAUCAAUAAUAUAAAAUUGGUACUAUGUACCAACACUUUCUUGUUUUGAGAAUCAAUAAUAGCCCAACAUGAUCAAUACCAAAAGAAUGGAUCUAACUCAUGUUAGAUUACGUCAGUGUUUCCAGAUUUGAUUUGGGUACGAUUUUCCAAUCAGACCCUCAAAUGUGCCCAAUCAUCAUAAAAGUAAACAAAUUCAGUUAGAACAAUAUUUCAGAUUGAAUGUCAGAUGGGAUUUUUCGUCCAUCUGACAGCCUAACUUUGCGUCAGGGUAAAACUGUCCAAAUGGUACAAAAAGUAGCCCAAAUAUUGCAAACCACCCAAAACAGUUUUUACCCGCCUAAUGAAAUAAAAAGUAGCAGAGAAUAGUAAAAAGAAAUACCUCAUGUUCACCGUGUCAGUAGCGCUUUGUAAGUUCCAUUCUAGCUAUGCGUUAACUUACAUAAGCUCUAUAUUACUGCUGCAUUAGCUCUAUGUAAGGUUUACGCUAGAUUAGCUCUUUAAGCUAUUGCUAUGUUAGCUCUACAUCUAUCAGCUAUUAGUACAUUAGCUCCAUGCUAGGCCUAGGUAUGCUCUAGAUCAGCUGUACAUUAGCAAUAUGUAAGGUCUUAGCUCUACAUUAGCCUUAUGUCAACUAUGUGCAAUUACUAUGUCAGCUCUAUAUUGUCUCUGUGCCAGCUUUAAUUUGCACUACAUUAGCUCUAUGUUAGGUCUACAUUAGCUCUACAUCUAGCUUUAUGAAAAGCCUACUUAGAUGAUUAGCUUAAUAUUAGCUAUAGGCCAUCUCCAUUUCAGUUCUUUUAUCUCUACUUUAGAUCUACAUUAGCUCUGUGUUAGCUCUGCUUCCUUCAUGUCAGCUCCAUGUUGGCUCUUUCUUGUUUCAUUCUGACCCAUUACACUUGUGUUUAGGUGGAAGGUGAGCAGAGCUAAGCUAACUUCAUAGGUACACUGAAUUACUUCUGGGUGUAUGGACUUAGCCCUCACAGGUACAACAAAGCUAACAGGAGAGUGAGAGAGCUGUCAAUCAAGCUCAGUGUAGGCACAACCACCAAUCAGAAGAAAUAAGUGAAAACAGCUGCAGUCCCAACAUGACAAUAGAAUCAAAAACGCACACAGAAUACUUAAUCCACGACGCUCCCAAGUGACAGAAAACUGGAAGUCAAUGUAACAGAUUUAGAAUAAAUGUAGAAUAAUCGUUAGAUUGUGUUGUUUGUGAACGGUUUUACAGUGAAUUUUUUUCUGUUUACAUCACUUUAUUAUCUGACUGAUUACUGUAAACUGUAAACUCAGUGCUUCCUGUGAAUCUGUGAAACAAACAGUUAAUAUGUGAAAAUAAAAGAUUUGUUUACCAGA